UCGCGGUUCCUUAGCUGGAGUUUUUAGUGUAGUUAGAAUUAAAAAUAAAUUAGAAGAAACGUUUAUUAAAUAAGGACAAAAAUAAACGUCUCUUAUGAAACACGUGUCUUCCAUCCUCUCCUUUUCUUUGCCUCUCGCCACUGUCAAUGCUUCGAUUCUCCCCUUCCUCUUGACUUCCGUCUUCUCUUUUUGCUGCAAGAGAAAGGAAAACAAAAAGGGUCAACAAGGAAUCUUGAAGUCUCCAGAAACAUCUAUCUCCUUUAUUCUCAUGGACCCAAUUUUCACAACGCCUCCAUCAGAAACCGCCGCUGUAAACGGUGGUUAGAGAAUGGGUUGACAGUGGACCCUUUUCUGGUCGAGGCUUUGCAAAACCCUCCAUUGUCCAACGAGUUAUGGAGAUGCCCAUGAACUUUGUACUGUAAAACCAUGGUUGGAUGUUAUCAAAGGAGUAAAGUUUAUUGUGUGGUUUGCCAUGUUUGUUGUGCAUAAGAUGCAUGAAAGAUACAUGUGUUCCACUCUGAACCUAAUGUUGGAGAAGGAGAAGAGAAUGGAGAUACCAGAGAAGCAGAGGAUGGAGAGAGAAGAAUCACUAGCAAGAGAACACAACUUGGAGUAUAAAGCAACUUUGAGACGAGCUGUAAUGUUAGAUGUUCCUCACGCUGACUCUAUCUCCUCUUAGUACGGAACAUUUGACAAAACUCAAGAAGAUGAAACCGAAGAACAAGAAACAGAGGAGGAAGAAAAGGAAGAAACGGAGUCGAUUGCAUCAAUGGUGGAGGAAUCAUCGUCGUCAUCCUCUGUACGUCCAUCGUACAAGAGAAGAAGGAAACGUGGUGUUAAGACCAUCGGUUAAAGACGGCGGUGUUCAUGGCAGUGAGAAGGAAAUGAAGGGCCGAAAAAGAAAGAAUCCAUCUACUACGUGCGUUGGAGUCUCCAGUAGAACUAGAGCUAGAAAGGCGGUCUCAGCUGGGAAUGAGCCGGCAAGAGAAACGACUGUAGUUUCUCUCUCUGUUGAUUCAGAAAGUGAUGACAUGUCUGCUGUAUCAUCUAAGGCAAGGCAACCACCACAGCCCCUUGAAUUAUGCUUCAAGAGCACAGAGUUCACGAAGACUUGCAAGAUUCAAACCAAGUGCCUUGUGAAGAAUACAGUGGACGUGAUUAAGAAGCUUAAGGAGGAGGUUAAAUGGUUCAUAACCCAUCCUCAAUUUCGUCACUUCUUCCACAUGCCUGAUGAACAAUACCUGAAGCUCCAAGGAAUGUGGAUGUUACUCUUGCGCACCAUUUCGACUGAAGAAGAAGAUGUUGCAUGGUUUGGUGUGAAUGGUGUUCCCAUCCGCUAUUCUAUGAGGGAGCAUGCCCUCAUCUCGGGCUUAGACUGCCAUGAGUAUUCGAGGAAAUAUUUGAAGCUCGGGAGUACGAAGUUUGUGGAUUAUUACUUCGGUGGACUAAAGAAGAUCACCAUAACAGAUGUGGAGCACAAGCUGUUGUCUAUGAAGACACCAUGCAAUGAUAGAUUGAAGAUGGCUGUCUUGUUCUUCCUUGGUCGGGUUAUCAGAGGACAGGCAAAGGAUUGCGGACCAGUAGACCCGUUCAUCUUAAGGAUCGUGGAAGAUUUGGAUGUUUGCAGAACAUUUCCAUGGGGUCGUUUGACAUUUGAAGAUGCAAUAAAGAACAUCAAGCAUAUGAUGGAGCUUCUGAAGGGUGAAGUGCACUCGGCAUGCGGCUUUCCUGGAUUCAUAAUUCCAUUAGAGAUUUUGGCUUUUGAAUGUAUUCCUAAGCUGGGGAAAACAUUUCGACUAUCUAAAGACACACCUUCUGAAGAUUGUCCUAGGAUGUGCAAGAGCCGGUUUACAAAGAGUAGCAUGAAGGGAUAUCCUUUGGAAGAUAUAUAUGCUGCACUUGGACACACAAAGGUUAUUAACAGUGUGUUGGUGCCAACUGUGGGUGAGGAAAUCAUGCUGGCUCGUAUAAUUGAUGAGGAGCGAGAGUAUCAUUGUGAGGGAAGCACAAGUGAUACUUGGAACCACUGGCUAAAUGUGAAGCAGAAGAAGAUAUUUUGGAAAGAGCUAUACGACUUAGAUGUUGCUGCACGAGUGUUUAAGAAGAAGAAGGACAAAGAAAAGGUGACGUUUUUAGAAGAUUCGUCUUCUAAAUCUGGGUUGGAGAGCUUGAAAGCUCUGGAAGAAAAGAUUUUGGGGGCCAUGAGUGAAGGGUUUUCUGGUCUUAAAUCAGUGGUGGAGGCAAAGCUGGGUGAUAUGGAUGUGAGGAUGAGUAAAUUUGAAAAGAACCAGCGACAACUUAAAAGAAGGGCUAAGAAAAUAGAAGAAAAGCUGACUUCUAUUGAGAGCAACAAAAAUGAGGAGAGGAACUAUGGUGAAGAUAUGGAUUUUGGAUGGGAUGAUAGAGAUUAUGGUAGAGCUGAAGGGAAGGAAAACAGUGAGAAGGCUAAGGAAGACAAGGAAAACAGUGAGUCUGGCGAGGAAAAGGAUGUGGUCUCGGGUGGGGAAAACAGUAAGGAUGGUGAGAAAGACAAGGGAAACGUGGAGGAAGAAGAAGAGAAGGAGAACGAGGCUGAUAAAACAGAGCUGGGAACUAGAGAAAAAGAUGAGGUCUCUGAAGAAGAUUACGAUACUGAGGAAGAGGCUGAGAAGAGGAGAGUAGAGGCGGAUGCGUUAUGGAAGAGUAUUCUUUCUGAAGAGACUGAGUAUCUAGAGAAAGAGGCUGAGAAAGUUGCCAAGGGAACUCCUACACCACCACGUGGUAGACCGAAGAGAUUGGCCGCGAGAAAAAUAGUACUUACACCACCAGAGGAGUUUUUAAGAGGACCAACGGUAACUGCGCCAUCACCUAUCGAGACUGAAAAAGAGGCUGAGACAGUUAUCGAGGAAGAGGGUGAGGAGAUGGCAGUUGAAGCCGAAGAAAGUGACGAGGAGAGUCUCAAAGAAAAAAAUGCUGAAGAAAUGGUGGAGGAAAAAGAAGGUGUGGAGGAGAGUCCCACCGAGAAAAUAGCUGAAGAAAUGGUGGAGGAAGAAGAAGGUGUGGAGGAGAGUCCCACCGAGAAAAUAGCUGAAGAAAUGGUGGAGGAAGAAGAAGGUGUGGAGGAGAGUCCCACCGAAAAAAUUGCUGAAGAAAUGGUGGAGAAAGAAGAAGCUGUGGAGGAGAGUCCCACCGAAAAAAAUGCUGAAGAAAUGGUGGAAGAAGAAGCUGAGGAAGCAGAGGAAGCAGAGGAAGCUAUGGAAGCAGAGGAAGCUGAGGAAGCAGAGGAAGAGGCGGAUAAAGUGGUUGAGAAAGAGGCUGAGACAGUUGUCGAGAAAGAGGGUGAUAAAUACACUGAUGAAGAAAAGCAAAUGUGGGCCUUGGUCGUUUACAAGGCUAGUGAGGAGAUGGCGGAUGGGACCACUGAGGUGAGGAGAGAUGGAACCAAUGAGGUGAGGACAGGGUUCAAGCUUAGGUGCAAACAGAAGAUAAUGAUGUAUGGCAAACCAAGGGGGAAGAAAAAACCUCAGCGGCCCCAGAGUCAAGAAUCAGCACCUGUGAUUGCACGUACGCCAAGGGAGAAGAGAAAACCUCAGCGGCUGCAGAGUCCCUACACGCAGGUGAAGACAGAAGACAUUGACGGGCCUAAGAAGAAGCGUAAAACAAAGGUUAAGUAGGCGUCUGAAAAUUAUUUAUGUAUUUGAAGUCUUUAAAACUUGGUAGGAUGCUUUUGGAUGUAAUAUGCUUUUGGGUGUUUAAACUUGGUUGUGGUAUGCUUUUGGAUGUUUAAACUUGGUUGUAUAAUGUGUUUUGGAUGUUAAAAAACAGGUUUGGAAACUGUUUUCAA